AUGAGUAGCCCCACCACGAAGCCGACCUGCCUGUCACAGCCAAUGGUGAAGAGUGUGCUGGUGUAUCGCAACGGGGAUCCGUUCUUUCCGGGGCACCGGGUAGUCGUCCAUGAGAAGAAGGUGUCCAACUUCGAGGUCUUCCUGAAAGAGGUGACCGGUGGGGUGAAGGCGCCUUUUGGGGCUGUGCGUAGCAUCUACACCCCCCGGGGCGGGCAUCGCGUCCGUCAGCUGGAGGAGCUCCAGAGUGGAGAGCACUACGUGGCUGGUGGCAGGGAGGCCUUCAAGAAACUCAACUAUCUGGACAUAGGAGAGGCAAAGAAAAAGCCUGCAGAAGUCAAUAAUGAGGUGAAGCCAGUUACCCACAGUAGAAUCAAUGUGUCAGCACGGUUUCGAAAACCACUUCAAGAGCCAUGCACUAUUUUUCUGAUUGCUAAUGGAGACCUUAUAAAUCCAGCAGUGCGCCUCUUCAUCCCUAGAAAAACACUAAAUCAGUGGGAUCAUGUUCUUGAAAUGGUGACAGAAAAAGUAACCCUCCGAAGUGGAGCUGUGCACAGGCUUUAUACUUUAGAUGGAAAACUUGUUCAGAGUGGGUCAGAUCUGGAGAAUGGGCAGUUCUAUGUCGCAGUGGGCAGAGACAAGUUUAAGAAGUUGCCUUAUGGUGAUCUACUGUUUAGCAAGUCUACAAUAAGAAGACCUCAGGGUUCCAAAGCCUCUUCACUGCCUCCUGUUGUGGGAUCCCGAAAAUCGAAAGGGAGUGGAAAUGAUCGCCAAUCUAAAUCUACUGUUGGCUCCCGUGACACGGGAGACAUGGUGUCAUCUCCUCAGCCUCCAAAGAGAAAGGAAAAGAGAGAACAGACUCAAGAGAAGAUCAAUUUUUCUAACAAACCCACAAAAGUGAAGCAAAAUAUAAGAGCAACAACUUAUAUCCUUCAAGAUAAUGAUGAAGGUAUUUACAAAGCUGGUGAAAAACGGUCUGAAACGUGGGGGGCAGCGGAAAUCCAGGAAGAUGAAGACACUCAAGUAGAGGUUCCAGUAGAUCAGAGGCCAGCAGAAACAGUAGAUGAGGAAGAAAAUGAAGAAGAGGGAGAUGAGGGAGAAAUGAAUGGAGAUCAGGGAGAGGAAAUGGGGGAGGCCGUUAAUGGAAAUGUUCUUCAUAAUGAAAUAGAAGAAAAUGAAGAGAAAAUAAAUGAGAAUUAUGAAGAGCAAGAAGAAGAGAAUUUUGGACAGCUGGAGGAAGAGAGGCCUUUCCACUUAAACGGUGAAACUAAUGAAGAAAAUGGUGAGGAAAUGGAGCAGUUUAAUGACCACAAUGAUCUUCAUCCUGAAGAAGAAACAAAAGCACCAGAGGACUUUGACAAUCAAAGCCAGAUUGACUCUCAUCUGGAAAAAACAUCAAAUCCAAGAGUAACUAUCACCAGCCCACAAGACAGUGAAAAAAAUGACCAAACCAAUGAGUAUGCUGCUGUAGCAUAG